UCCGCCAGCUUUCCAAACCAAACGACGUCGUUAACGUCCCCUUCAACUUGCAGCUCAUGGUUUUGACUUAUUUCUCCGUCUCCGACCAACCCCAGCCAUCUUCUUCGUCUUCUACUUCCCGCUCUCAGCUUCUGGAGGCUUCCCGAUUGGUUAUUCUGAAGCAUGAGUGAAGGUGAAAUUCCAUCGCUGCUCUCCUUGUGCGUAGACGCAGUAAAAAAUGAACUGGUUCGCGGCGAUGAUCUUUUACCGAUUGUCAAGGAGCUUCCACGGGACCUGCUCGAUGCUCUCGCUUCCCGGUUGCCUCCGUUGGGGUUGGAAAAGCUACAGACCGCAACGGCUUAUGAUGACUGGGAUGACUGUGAGUUUGCGGAUGAAGGACUCCGGAAUGGUAGGAAGCGCGGAAGGAGUUGGAAAUUCAAUGCGGCCUGGAGGAAUUUGUCAAAGGUGCGGUGGCCAGAGCUAGACAUUGGGAUUGAACCGCUGGACUGGCAACGAAUUUAUUGGGAAAUGCAUCUUCAAAAUUGCCUAGAUGCAGUAGCCGAGAUAGCUUCACUGCCGUCAUUUGAUGGACGCCUCAGUGAAACCAGGAUUCCAGAAUCUAUAUUGGGAUUGAUAGGUUGUGAGGGCUUUGUGCAUAAUUCAACUUGUGAUUAUUCCGAACUACAUCACCAUUCCCAACAAUUUGGUUAUUAUGCCAGAUGCCUGAGACUUCAGAAUGUUCUCUGUGGUGCAGAAAUUUCUCAUUUGUUGAGGAACAGCCGAUUGCAGAGAUUGGAACUAAGGUGGAUCAGAUCCAAGGAGCAUAUUGAUGGAUUAUGCAAACUUCUGAGCCAGAAUAGUGAAAGUUUAACAUCACUUGAGCUCAUUCACUGCAAGCUUUCUUCAGCUUCUAUUGAUGAAAUUUGUUGUUCUCUAUCCAGAAAGAGUGUGCAAACUCACGGCAUAAAAAGCUUCUCAAUCAGCACAUCAAACUUCCUUGAAACAAACCCACUUUCCUUACCUCUCGGACUAGUGUCAUUUUUGUCAUUGGGAAGGUCCUUGUAUUCGUUAAAACUCUCUGACAACCACCUUGGCCGGAAUUUUGCAAAAAUGGUUUUUGGCACUCUUAUAAAUGCUGCUUCUAGUCUAUCCAUCCUUGACCUUUCAGAUAACAAUUUAUCAGGCUGGCUUUCUGAACUCUAUUGGAGAUCACCAAGUGGCCCUCCAAUACCUUUGGGAACUAGAAAGUCCUUGCAAUCAUUGCGAGUCCUCAAUUUAAGGGGAAAUAAUCUAAACAAAGAUGAUGCUGAUGGCCUUAGAUACGCUCUUGUUCACAUGCCUAAGUUGGAGGUCUUGGAUAUGAGUGAUAAUCCUAUUGAGGAUGAUGGAAUCAGGAGUCUAAUUCCGUAUUUUGUCGAAGCAUCCGAAAAGUGCACUCCUUUUGCUGAUUUAAUGUUGGAGAGUUGUGAACUUUCCUGUGAUGGUGUGACUCUACUCAUAGAUACCCUUUCAACCCUAAAAAGACCAUUGAAGUCUCUGUCUGUUGCUGAUAACGACCUCGGCAGCCACGUAGCACCAGCUUUGGGAAAAAUCUUAUCUGCAUCAAUUCAAGUACUCAAUGUUGAAGGCAUUGGAUUGGGUUUAUCUGGUUUUCGGGAACUGCAAGAUGGCAUAACGAAGGAUUUGAAGCUAGUUGAGAUCAACAUAAGCAAAAACCGUGGAGGAAUUGAAGCUGCAAAGUUUUUGGUAAACUUGAUAUCAAGGGCACCAGAACUUGUUACAGUCAAUGUUGCAUAUAAUCUUAUGCCAUUCAACUCCUUGACCAUCGUUUGCUCUGCCAUUAAAGCUGCUAAGGGUCAUCUUGAGCAUCUGGACUUGAGGGGAAAUACUUGGGAUAAUCAACAGGUUACUGCCUCUAUGCUUGCCGACGCCCAAUGUAAUGGAAAGCCUGUUUUCAUUCUUUCGUCUUCACAAACUGCGGGUGCACCCUAUGACGAUGAUCCUUAGAUGGGAUGGCUAUCACAGUGUAGUUUGACCCCGUUGGAUGUACCAAAAUUUCUCAGCUGUGCAGCAAAGUUAUGCAGGUAUUAUGCUUUUUAGAUAUGAUUGUGUAUAUUACUUGCCUUUAAGGCCUUGAUAGCUAUGAGUUAGCAAGUUAUGCUUCAGUUGGUUCUUUUUAAGGGGUUUGAUGUAUUGUAAAGUCUCUUACUGAUGGAUUAUCCUAUUAAGUGAUGUGGGACUGUUCAGAAA